CCAUGCCGCCGCCCGUGCUGCUCCGCCUGUGCCUCUGCGUGGCUGCCGCCGCCUCCUCGUUCAUCCUCCGCGGCGAUCACCACCUGGCCGGGCUGUUCUCGCUGCACACCACGGCGCGCCAGGACGACACCAGCCUGCUCGUGCGCGGCUGCGACGACGCCACCUUCAAGAGCCACGGCUACUGCCUGGCCCAGGCCCUGCGCUUUGCUGUGGAGGAGAUCAACAACUCCACCACGCUGCUCCCUAAUGUCACCCUGGGCUAUGAAAUCUACGACACCUGCUCUGAGUCUACCAACUUCCACGCCACGCUGUGUGCCCUUGCUCGUAAAGGCAGGCAGGAUGUCCAGGUGCUCCCCAGUUUCCAACACUAUGAGCCCCAGGCUGUGGCUGUCAUUGGCCCUGACAGCAGCCGGCUGGCCCUCACCACAGCCGCUGUUCUCAGUCUCUUUCUCAUACCAGAGAUCAGCUACGAAGCCUCCACGGAGUUGCUGAGCCUGAAGCAGCUGUACCCCUCUUUCCUGCGCACCAUCCCCAGUGACAAGCAGCAGGUGAAGGCCAUCUUCUUGCUGCUGCAGCACUUUGGCUGGACCUGGGUGGUGCUGCUGGGAAGUGAUGACACCUAUGGCAGGGCCGGCCUGGAUGCCCUGCAGGAGCUGCUGACCGCAAGCAACGUGUGCGUGGCCUACCGAGGCACCCUCCCCGCCAACUCGGACGCCAGCAACCCAGAGCUUCACAACCUGGUCCAAAUCCUCACAGAUGUUAAGGUCAAUGUCACUGUUGUGUUCUCCACCAGAGGAAGAGUUCUGCCGUUCUUCGAGGUGGCGGUCCAGAGGAACAUCACAGACAUGGUGUGGGUGGCCUCUGAAGACUGGUCGUUGGCUCAAACUGUCUGGCAGGUACCUGGCAUCCAGACCAUCGGUACAGUGUUUGGGAUGGCAGUAGAGAAGCCAGAGCCCACAAUGCUGGAACGCUUUGAAGCUUGGAAGAUGUGGGAGGAAGGCGCUGUGGCUGAGUGUGGCAGCAGUGCAGAGGCAGGCAGGGAAUCUGCGGGGAGCACACGGCUGGACUGCAUCCAGUGCUGCACCGGCUGCCGCGCGCUCGCCACCGUCCCUGACAUGUACGAUGCUCAAGGCUCCUUCAGUGUGUACUCAGCUGUGUAUGCUGUGGCCCAUGGCCUCCAUGACCUGCUGGGCUGUGCCUCAGGAGCCUGCAGCAAAGGCACUGUCUAUCCCUGGCAGCUCCUACAAAAUAUUAAGGAAGUAAACUUCACCUUGUACAAGAGCCGAAUCUCUUUCGAUGCCCACGGGGACAUUCGUAAAGGCUAUGACAUUGUCAUGUGGAAGUGGCUGGGCCCAAAGUGGGCUUCUGAUGUGAUAGGAACCUUCCAUGUGAACCCUGACAGGCUGAGCAUCGACCCAGGCAAAAUCCUGUGGCACACAGAAGACGGCCAGGCUCCCAGGUCGGUGUGCUCCGAGGCCUGUAAGCCAGGAGAGAUGAGGCUGCAGCAGAGCCGCCACAAAUGCUGCUUCAGCUGUGUGCCCUGUCCACCGGGAACCUUCCUGAACACAUCAGGUCAGUACACCACAGGGUCUGCUCCUGCCCAUUCCUUCCCUGCCCACAUCCUACCUCCUGCUCCUGUCUCACCAUUUCCAGCCUAUCACAGUUUUACUGUGGAAGGAGCAGGUGUGAUGGGUGAACAGAGCCCAGGGAGCUGCGGGCCGGGCCUGCACCGUGGCAGAGCUCUUACCGGGUCCGAGGUGUGUGAGGGAUCCAUGUCCUCCACAGACCCCUUUGACUGCCAGGCCUGUGGCUUGGAUGAGUGGGCCCCAGCAGGGAGCGAGGUCUGCUUCAACCGCACCAUCGAGUUCCUGUCCUGGUCCGAGCCCCUCUCCUGCGCGCUGCUGGCCCUGGCUGUUCUUCUCAUGCUGCUCAUAACGGCCCUGGCUGUCCUGUUCGCCCUCAAUGCCUCCACACCUGUGGUCAAGUCCGCGGGCGGGAAGACGUGUUUCCUCAUGCUGGGCUCCCUGGCCUGCACCUGCAGCAGCCUCUUCUGCUACUUCGGGGAGCCCUCGCGGGUGGCGUGCCUGCUGAGGGAGCCGCUCUUCGCCAUCAGCUUCACCUUGUUCCUCUCGUGCGUGGCGACCCGCUCCUUCCAGAUCCUCUGCAUCUUCAAGCUGAACGCACGCUGGCCCGCGCUCUACGAGGCCUGGAUGCGGCGCCAGGGGCCGGUGCUGUUCGUGGCCGCCAGCACGGCGGCACAAGUGGCGCUGUGCGUGGCCACCGAGGUCGCCAGCCCCUCGGUGCCGCGCCGGGAGUACGGCGUGCGGGAUGAGCGGGUGAUGCUGGAGUGCACCCGGAGCGCCGCGGCCGACGCCGCCACCGCCUACACGCUGCUGCUCAGCGCCGCCUGCUUCGCGCUCAGCUACGCGGGCACCGACCUGCCCGCCGCCUACAACGAGGCCAAGAGCCUGACCGUGAGCCUGCUGCUACACCUGGGCUGCUCGGCCGCCGUGCUCUGCUCGCACGGCACACUGCGCGGCCAGGCCGAGACGGUGGCGCGGGUGCUCAGCGCGCUGGGCACGCUCGCAGCACUGCUGGGCGGGUACUUCGUGCCGCGGGCCUUCGUCAUCCUGCUGCGGCCGCACCAAAACACGGCCGAGCACUUCCAGAUGGUCAUCCAGGAGUACACGCGCCGCCUGGCCGCCGCCUGAGCCGCGGGGCUCGACCCGCACAGCGCGUACACCGCCGCGGGGACCGACCCUCGGCCCCGGCCCGCCCCGGCCCUCACGGC